AUGAGAAAGAUUUGGAGUAGAAAAGAUAAGGAGAAACGCAGAAGUAUUUCCACCCCAAGUACAUCAUCAACUACUGGGAAUAAUCCAUCAUUGGUACAGAAGACUUCACAAACAGACUUAAACGGUAGCAAUACCACUUUAUCCCUGUCCGAAUUUAACCCCGACAGCAGCUAUUACUAUGAUAACGAUAUCUCCUCAAUUAUGGAGGAAUCGUCAACUAACAAUACAACAACUUCAGACAGAUAUUCUUCCAGUGGCAGAAAACUGGGGUCUGCUGGAGAUGGUACCAAGGGCACCCUUCAAAAUGCCACAAACUUUAUUGGUACUGGUGCCUAUAAUAAAUCUAGAGGUUCAGUGGCUGCUCUAGACAACAGACAACCAAUCAAGUUUCAGGAUUUGAUAAGACAAAACCAUGAUAGUACAAUGGUGAAGCAUAGUUGGGUUAAUGUAAUUGGAAGCAACAAUGACGUUAAAGAGAGCAAUUUAAAACUUUACCGAGCAGAAUUGAAAGGGUCACAUCUUUACUUGUACAAGCCACAAUCAUCGUUGAAUGUCAAGAGAUUUAAAGUGAAUGAAGUGCCAGUGGAUGAAGUUGACGAGGAAAAGGCCAAAAAGAUAGAAUCAAACCAUUUGAAUGACGCUGCCAGUGAUGUAUCGACAUUGAUUGCCGAUGCUAAACUGGUUGACACUGGUCGCGCUGGAGUGCCACUGCUAAAUCACCAAUCAACAAGCAGCACUACUGGAUCUCAACUACGGAGCAACUCAAACUCGGAACCCAGUCAGGAUCCCAAGUCGGUGGAUGUUGACACGUUCUCAAAUAGUGCAAUUGCCCCAAUAUCAUACUACAAAGCUAUCUUGCCCCACCCCGAGCUCUGCUACGAUUUUAAAUUACACCACUUUCAAGCACGCUUGUUUACGGAGAAAGAUAAUAGUGUUGAGUCUGUGGUUCAUUUCCUUUGUUUUGUUAGUGAUCCUCGGGAUGAUUCGGCAGUGAAUACGAUUAUCCAUACUUUACCCAUACUACCAGACUUUGGCUACUUGCUAAAGUAUAUUUCCUUCUAUCUAGGCGAAAUAUUUGAUGACAAAUUCGACGGUGAUAUCAGAAAGGAUGUAAUCAUCGAAAGGUUUCUUAAGUUUUUGUACAGCAUUGAAUAUCAUUUCGAAGGGUUUCUUCUCAAAUCGGACACGGCACCGCAUAUCUUGAAAAUUUUGGAAAUUUUGUCAGUGCAAAACAUUCAUUUGGAAAAAAUUGGUAAAUUCAAACUGGAUAUGUUACGCCGGCAACAAUUGCUUAUACAAUUGGUUAGCAACGAUAACUUACCCGGUAAUAUCCAACCAUUUAAGGAUUUGGACUCACAAACAUUCAUGAGAGAAAUAAAAUUGACAGACUUUGCCCAAGUUAUCAGCGAGAUUGAUUUAAAGUAUUUUUCAAAUUGGAAUUCAAAUUUAGACAAGUCGUUGCUAUUGUAUUCAGCAAUAAAUGCCAAAGAUUCGUCCAAGGAUUCAUUUUACAAAAAGAACCCAUUAAUAUUCAACAACAACUACCAUAUCCACUACCUUUCGCGAUUGUUGAUCAACCAUAUAUUUGUUGAAAACGGAACUGGAUCUCAGAGCUUUGCCGUGAUGGAGGCUAAGGCGAGGAUACUUGAGAAAUGGAUUGACUUGGGUUGUUUAUUAGACAAGUCAGGUAAUAUGUCUUCAUGGUUGGGCAUAUCUUCAGUGAUUUUAUCACAGCCAGUAUUGCGGUUGACAAAAAUCUGGUCCCUAGUGUCACCCGAUUAUAUUAAAUUAUUGAAGCAUGAUUGGUCGCCGGUACUAUUUGAAUUGGAUAGACGAUACCUUGUCAAUGAUUCGAAAAUGACGCGACCACACAAUAUAGAUAACGUCAAGUCACCAAACAUGGCAUCAAAUGAAGAUCGCGACUUUAAUUCAAAGAAUUCGUAUCAUAUAAUGGCCCCUAGAGGCUUGGGAAAGAUUUACCCCAAGGAGAAGGUGAUUCCAUAUUUUGGCGACUUGGUCAUCAACAAUAAUGGCUGUUGUACUGACGUUGAUGUAUAUGAGAUGGAGUCAAUUUGGAAGAGAAUUAAUUACUCAUUUGAUCGCUGGAAUGAUUAUUUGUCAAACCUUUCCAAUUUCAAUGAGAUUAUCAAAUACAAUGAAGAUGUCUUACGAAGAUACGAUACAAUGGGAUUCAUUUUUUCUAACGAGAGCUUGAACCAGGUGUUGUAUCUUGGUGCAAAUAACCACAAUGCUAGUGAAGGUGAUCUGCUGCUGAUGUCAGAGAGAAAAUUGAGCGCCGCUGAGACCGCCAAACGUGCUGAUUUGAAGAACAAAUUGUUGAGAUUGAUUGAGUUGAAUUGCGAUUCAAUGAACUUGGAAAAUAUCAUGACAUUGUCGGUACAAUUGGAACCAGACUUACCCGAGGCUUAUUUGAAUGCGCACAAUUCGUCAUCUGUUAGCAUUACGUCAAACCCUCACAAUUUGUCUCGCUUGCAAACAGCCAACAUGUCGGGACUAUCGUUAAACUCAGUUGACUCUUUAUCUACUACGACAACAGGCGAGACUGGGCCAGAUUUCACACCGACAGCAAGGAUUCCCACUUUUAACAACCAGUAUUUUCGGUUAGACUUAUUGAAAUAUGACGAGCUAGCAUCAGCCGAGGAUAAACGUCAACCACUUGACCCCAGUGUCAACAAACAUAAUGUUGUUAUUGACGAUGAGUUGACGUUUAGAAUUGAUGACUUUGUUGCUGAUGUGGCAGACCAAACGAGUGGAUUCAAUUCAGUGGUUGAAGAUUAUGUAACCGGUGUUGAUGAUGAUGACGACAUACCCGGCUUAGGUAUCGACGUUGAUGAUAUACUCAACUCUGACAAGUUUAACAACCUAACCAUGUCACCAAAGAUGAGUAGUCACAGGCAUAGACGAUCCACCAGUGGUAGUGGAUUAGACAAUCGAAGCUCAAUGCUAACUGAGGGAACCAAUAUACGAAAGAUGUACAAAUUUAUACCCAAGUAUGCCACAGUUGACAAGCUAAUUGACUUGUUGUUGUUGGAAGGCCGUUAUUUCCAUCAUGAUGUCCACUUGGAUCUAACUGAAUACCGCUUUGUGUUCCUAUUAAAUUACAAUUCAUUCAUGACGACAAAGGAGCUCUUGGAUAAACUUGCGCACCGUUUUGUCAAUUCAGGUAAUGCCGUCUUGUCAGUGAUGAAGAAGAACUAUUUGAUGAAAAAGAAUAACGACAAACGAACGGAUACCGAUAAUGAAUCUAAUCCAUUACAUUCAGAUUUACCGAUUGAUUUCCCUAAUUGGGAUUUGGACCAGGAAAUUGAUCUUAAUGAAUUGGGUGAAGUAGACUAUGAAUUGUUGUUGAAGAUUCAAAUCAACAUUUUGAAAGUUUUGAUUGUUUUGAUCAAUAGUUUCUACUCAAAUUUCUCGCUAAACCUAGCCAACAAGAGCAUAUUGAUCAAGUUGUUGAAGUUGUUUAGCAACGAGAUUCUUCAAUGGUACAAUUCAAAUAAAAUUGAUGCAUCAUUAGAGAGGUCGUUUGAAAGCUUGGUGACUUAUUAUAAGAAGUUGAAGAAGAUAUUUGUGAAAAAGACAUAUCGACCAAUUGAAAUCACCAAGUUUAAUAAUUACUUGAUUAAUGAAUUUCGAUUCAAUAAUUCAUUGCAUGAAGUGCCCGUGAAUCGUAAUUUGCCCAGUCAUAAAAACAUCCACAAGAUUGAAAAAUUCCUCAACAAGUUUAAUAAAUUAUUGACGGUUUUUUAUAAAGGGAUAAGAGCUGAAGAUUGGAUUAAGGUGUUUAAGAUUUUGGAAAAUUCAUUUGAAUUGAAUACAUUGUUUGAAUUUAAUUUACAACGACCAAAUGUACCCGAAGAUCAAAUGAUUGUGUCCAAUAUUUUCAACUUUUUUGAAACUUUGGUGUCUCCCACUGAACGUCAAUUGAUUUUGAAAAAAUUCCCACUUGUGUUUCGCAAAUUGUUUAAAUUAUACUUUAGGUUCAAGACUUAUUUAUUGGUUCAAUUGAUUGAUGUCAAUAUUUCUAGUGAAGAGAGAUUAGAUAGGAUGAAGACGUUGUUGAUUAUGGCGAAAAUAUCAAAAUUAAAAAUGAGUGAUAACCAAUUUGUAUUUGAAGGGUCGGGCAAUGUACCUUCAUGCAUUGAGACUGCCAUUGUCAAUGUCAUUUAUUCACCUGAAAGUAGAGCAUAUGCAAACUUGUGGAUGAGAGCAUCUAAUAUUUUGGAUCACAAACCUAGUGAGUAUAAUACCCUUGAUGAAUUAAUUCCGUCAAAUAUUGACGUGAACGACUUGCAGUCCACCGAACCAUUGUUGCCUUGUUUUGGUUGGGUUAUUGAAAACUUGAUCAGCAUUGACAAGUGCCCCUCUUUCCACAAGAGCUUGAUCAAUUUCAACAAGAGAUAUUUGAUUUUUAAAUUGAUUAAAGAAUUGGGUGUUGAGGAUAUUGAAAGUGGUGGAGCGGGAGGCGCUAAUGGUGGUGGUGGUGGUGGUGAUGUAAUGGAGUUUUCCACUAAUGAAUCUCGUGAAUUUGACUUUUUGUUAAAGUUGGAUGAAUCAUUGGUUGUGAAACGGGCCCAUGAGUUGGUUCACGAUAGAGACCGGUUCCCGCUUUUUAGGACGGUUCUUGCUGAACAACAUCGUAUUUUGGUUAGCGAUAACCACAAAAAGUAUCAACGUGACGCCAAAACUAAUGAAGUAAAUCAAUUGAACUUAGCCAGCAAUGCUGCUACGAGCAACAUGCAUACAAUUACACGAAAGACUUCAAAUACGUCAUUAAGAAGACAAUCAUUGACAUAUAAAUCGAACCCGGGUUCGAGAUUCAAAUUGAGUGGAAUCUUCUCCAAAACGAAAUCAUUUUCAUUACUGGGAGGAAACAAUAGUGGUGGCAAUAGUGGUACGGCCAGUGCCACUAGUUCGUCUUUGUCGGCAGAGAAAUCGGUGUUUGUUAAUGAGUUGCCCAGUCCUGAUACUCAAGCAGAGGGGAAACAAAAACCCUCGGUGGUUAUUGCAUUGAGGAAUAAGAAAAUUUUCCCCGUCUAUCUUCUUCCCUUUGGUUUCAAAAUUGAUUCUGAUUCAAGUGAUGCAGGAGGAACAGGAGGAGGCGAGUAUUUUGUUCAGGCCCACUGUGAUGUGGAUUUGAAUGACUGGCUAAUCAAAUUGAAUUAUGCUAAUCGUCAUUGGUUCUACUCAAGAAUACUAAAUUUUAAAAUUAAUAAUAAUAAUAAUUUAGUGUUUGGAAUCCCAUUGAGCUUUGUCACUCAACGUGAGCAAUCAAUGGUGCCUCGCUUUUUGCAAUUAAUUUUUAAUGAAAUUGAGACUUUUGGAAUUAAAGAUGUUGGUGUGUAUCGAAUCAGCUCAUCGCUUUCUGAUUUGGCCAGUUUGAAACAAAAUAUUGAUCGAUGCGGUAGUAUUACUCCAGGAGUUAAUGAUGUGCAUGUAUUGACAGGAGUGGUUAAAUCGUACUUGCGCGAGUUGCCUGAUGCAUUGUUGCCUGAUGAGGUUAUUAACCAGUUUUUCCAAAUUAAUAAGGAGAAAAGAAGUGGUGGAAGGGAUAAGCAAAAUGAUAGAAUGAAGACAAAAGAGACGAAUGGAGAUAAGAAGGAGACGUUACCAGGUGGAAAAGAGGAUAAACAUGAUGAGCUACAAAAUAUUGAUGAUGAAGAAGUUCAAGAAUUGAUCAAGUACAAAACCACAUUGUUCCAAUUACUUCCACCAACGAAUUUAUCAACAUUAAAGUCAUUGAUUUGUCAUUUACAUAAAAUCAAUCAAUUUGCUGAAUUCAAUAAAAUGACCAGUUCAAAUAUUGCCACUGUUAUAGGACCAGCAUUGACUGAAGCUUCGAAUUUGGCAUUGUUGAUUAAUAAUUUUGGAUUUAUUAAUUUGGUGUUGGAGAAGUUGGUUGUUAAUUAUGAGUUUAUUUUUGAGACUCGAGCAAAGCGUGAUGACGUUGUUGGGGAAGAGAAGGAGAGUGGUGGUAGUGGCAGUGAGGAAAAGGGCUUGGGUAAAGAUGUUGAAGAGUAUGGUGUUGAUAAGGGCGAUAAGGCUGACAAGGUCGAUAAGAUAGAGCAGGUAAAUGAUGAAGUUGCACCUAAAACUGACACUACUGCUGCUGAUGGUGCCGGUAAAGAUGCUGAAAAAGAAAAGGAAGAGCACGAAGAAGAAGAAGAAGAAGAGGAUAGAAUCAUCAGAGUACGAAGAAGUGUUGAAAGAAAACAAAAUGAGAAUAUGAACGAGGGUAAGAACGAGAAGGAAACCGCUAUUAAGAAUGAGAAUGAAAUGCUUGGGGCUAAUGAAGAGUAG